GCCGCGGUGCUCAUAGGCAGAAGCAAUUUGUGCUCCAAACCAAGAGAAACUAAACUCAAGAUGCGCGCCUUUAUCGUCAUGUGCCUCGUGGCAGUCGCCUGCGCCGAUAAGCUCGGCUACAACUACCAGCCCGUGGGCCACUCCAGCUCCGGCCUGUCCUUUGCCCCGGGAAGCGGCAGCAUUGGAGGAGGUUCCAUUGGUGGUGGCUCCAUCGGAGGAGGAAGCAUCGGAGGUGGCCUGAUCGGAGGUGGUUCCCUCGGCGGUGGAUCCCUGGGUGGCUCCCUCGGAGGUGGUUCCCUUGGUGGUUCCCUCGGAGGUGGAUCCCUGGGUGGCUCCCUCGGAGGUGGUGCCAUCGAUUCCGGUCUGGGCGGUCUUGGAGGUCUUGGUGGUCUGGGAGGUGGCGAUUCUCUGAGCGCCCCCGUCUCCUACAACGCCCCCGCCCCCGCUGCCGAGCUCGAGAAGGAGUUCUUCACCUUCUCCGCCAACGAACAGGACUUCGAUGAGCCCCAGGAACUCGAGCGCGUUGCCAACUCCGUGAACAAGGGACUCCGCGUUGUCUUCAUCAAGGGACCCGAGAACCGUGGCCUGGAGAACGCCGCCCUGGCUCUGGCCAAGCAGGCUGCCCAGCAGGAGACCGCCAUCUAUGUCCUCAACAAGCAGGCUGACAUCGGAGAUCUCGCCCAGAGGUUGAACGCCAUCCGAAACAACAACAACAACAAGCCCGAGGUUCACUUCGUGAAAUACCGCACUCCCGAGGAUGCUGCCAACGCCCAGCGCGCCAUCCAGUCGCAGUACGACCAGUUGGGAGGAUCUUCCCAGGCUCAUGACGGUGGUGUUGCCCCCGCCCUGAACUUCGCCUCCGCUGGUCCCGCCCAGAAGAUCAACGCCCAGAUCCCUGAGAACGCCUACCUGCCAACUUCGGUCUUUCGUCGUCGUUUCCAGAGACACAAUCAGUUCGUACCUCAAAGCAAAAGAACCAGCAAUCAGCCCAAGAUGCGCGCAUUCAUCGUUUUGUGUUUGGUGGCAGUCGCCUGCGCCGAUAAGCUCGGCUACAACUACCAGCCGGUGGCCCACUCCAACUCUGGAUUAUCCUUCGCCCCAGGAAGCGGCAGCAUUGGAGGUGGCUCCAUUGGUGGAGGCUCCAUCGGAGGUGGUUCCCUCGGUGGUUCCCUCGGCGGUGGUUCCCUCGGUGGUGGAUCCCUGGGUGGAUCCCUCGGAGGUGGCUCCAUCGAUUCCGGUCUGGGCGGUCUUGGAGGUCUUGGUGGUCUGGGAGGUGGCGAUUCUCUGAGCGCCCCCGUCUCCUACAACGCCCCCGCCCCCGCUGCCGAGCUCGAGAAGGAGUUCUUCACCUUCUCCGCCAACGAACAGGACUUCGAUGAGCCCCAGGAACUCGAGCGCGUUGCCAACUCCGUGAACAAGGGACUCCGUGUCGUCUUCAUCAAGGGACCCGAGAACCGUGGCCUGGAGAACGCCGCCCUGGCUCUGGCCAAGCAGGCUGCCCAGCAGGAGACCGCCAUCUAUGUCCUGAACAAGCAGGCUGACAUCGGAGAUCUUGCCCAGAAACUGAACGCUAUCCGCGGCAACAACAACAACAAGCCCGAGGUUCACUUCGUGAAAUACCGCACUCCCGAGGAUGCUGCCAACGCCCAGCGCGCCAUCCAGUCGCAGUACGACCAGUUGGGAGGAUCUUCCCAGGCUCAUGACGGUGGUGUUGCCCCCGCCCUGAACUUCGCCUCCGCUGGUCCCGCCCAGAAGAUCAACGCCCAGAUCCCUGAGAACGCCUACCUGCCCACUUCCGUCUUCCGUCGCCUGCGAAUCUAAGCCGGAUGAGCUUUGUACUCCAUUCGCUUAAGCUAGAAUCUCGACUGAAGAAGUCACUCUUCCUGUUACAUGUUGUUGACUAAUGCAUAAUUACACCAAUAAAUUUGAAAUUUAAAAACGAA